AUGCCACAUGCUCCUCAACCGCACCUUGUACGCGCACAUGUGACAGUCAUAACACAACGUAACUCGAAUGAUAAGCCACUGGCUGGGGUCGCUAUGCCACGUGCUCCUCAACCGCACCUUGUUCGCGCACAUGUGACAGUCAUAACACAACAAAACUCGAAUGAUAAGCCACUGGCUGGGGUCGCUAUGCCACAUGCUCCUCAACCGCACCUUGUACGCGCACAUGUGACAGUCAUAACACAACGUAACUCGAAUGAUAAGCCACUGGCUGGGGUCGCUAUGCCACAUGCUCCUCAACCGCACCUUGUUCGCGCACAUGUGACAGUCAUAACACAACAAAACUCGAAUGAUAAGCCACUGGCUGGGGUCGCUAUGCCACAUGCUCCUCAACCGCACCUUGUACGCGCACAUGUGACAGUCAUAACACAACGUAACUCGAAUGAUAAGCCACUGGCUGGGGUCGCUAUGCCACGUGCUCCUCAACCGCACCUUGUACGCGCACAUGUGACAGUCAUAACACAACCAAACUCGAAUGAUAAGCCACUGGCUGGGGUCGCUAUGCCACAUGCUCCUCAACCACACCUUGUACGCGCACAUGUGACAGUCAUAACACAACAAAACUCGAAUGAUAAGCCACUGGCUGGGGUCGCUAUGCCACAUGCUCCUCAACCGCACCUUGUACGCGCACAUGUGACAGUCAUAACACAACAAAACUCGAAUGAUAAGCCACUGGCUGGGGUCGCUAUGCCACAUGCUCCUCAACCGCACCUUGUACGCGCACAUGUGACAGUCAUAACACAACGUAACUCGAAUGAUAAGCCACUGGCUGGGGUCGCUAUGCCACAUGCUCCUCAACCGCACCUUGUACGCGCACAUGUGACAGUCAUAACACAACGAAACUCGAAUGAUAAGCCACUGGCUGGGGUCGCUAUGCCACAUGCUCCUCAACCGCACCUUGUACGCGCACAUGUGACAGUCAUAACACAACAAAACUCGAAUGAUAAGCCACUGGCUGGGGUCGCUAUGCCACAUGCUCCUCAACCGCACCUUGUACGCGCACAUGUGACAGUCAAAACACAACAAAACUCGAAUGAUAAGCCACUGGCUGGGGUCGCUAUGCCACAUGCUCCUCAACCGCACCUUGUACGCGCACAUGUGACAGUCAUAACACAACGUAACUCGAAUGAUAAGCCACUGGCUGGGGUCGCUAUGCCACGUGCUCCUCAACCGCACCUUGUACGCGCACAUGUGACAGUCAUAACACAACGAAACUCGAAUGAUAAGCCACUGGCUGGGGUCGCUAUGCCACAUGCUCCUCAACCGCACCUUGUACGCGCACAUGUGACAGUCAUAACACAACAAAACUCGAAUGAUAAGCCACUGGCUGGGGUCGCUAUGCCACAUGCUCCUCAACCGCACCUUGUACGCGCACAUGUGACAGUCAUAACACAACGUAACUCGAAUGAUAAGCCACUGGCUGGGGUCGCUAUGCCACAUGCUCCUCAACCGCACCUUGUACGCGCACAUGUGACAGUCAUAACACAACAAAACUCGAAUGAUAAGCCACUGGCUGGGGUCGCUAUGCCACAUGCUCCUCAACCGCACCUUGUACGCGCACAUGUGACAGUCAUAACACAACGUAACUCGAAUGAUAAGCCACUGGCUGGGGUCGCUAUGCCACAUGCUCCUCAACCGCACCUUGUACGCGCACAUGUGACAGUCAUAACACAACGAAACUCGAAUGAUAAGCCACUGGCUGGGGUCGCUAUGCCACAUGCUCCUCAACCGCACCUUGUACGCGCACAUGUGACAGUCAUAACACAACGUAACUCGAAUGAUAAGCCACUGGCUGGGGUCGCUAUGCCACAUGCUACUCAACCGCACCAUGUACGCGCACAUGUGACAGUCAAAACACAACAAAACUCGAAUGUUAAGCCACUGGCUGGGGUUGCUAUGCCACAUGCUCCUCAACCGCACCUUGUACGCGCACAUGUGACGGUCAUAACACAACGUAACUCGAAUGAUAAGCCACUGGCUGGGGUCGCUAUGCCACGUGCUCCUCAACCGCACCUUGUACGCGCACAUGUGACAGUCAUAACACAACAAAACUCGAAUGAUAAGCCACUGGCUGGGGUCGCUAUGCCACGUGCUCCUCAACCGCACCUUGUACGCGCACAUGUGACAGUCAUAACACAACAAAACUCGAAUGAUAAGCCACUGGCUGGGGUCGCUAUGCCACAUGCUCCUCAACCGCACCUUGUACGCGCACAUGUGACAGUCAUAACACAACGUAACUCGAAUGAUAAGCCACUGGCUGGGGUUGCUAUGCCACAUGCUACUCAACCGCACCUUGUACGCGCACAUGUGACAGUCAUAACACAACAAAACUCGAAUGAUAAGCCACUGGCUGGGGUCGCUAUGCCACAUGCUCCUCAACCGCACCUUGUACGCGCACAUGUGACAGUCAUAACACAACGUAACUCGAAUGAUAAGCCACUGGCUGGGGUCGCUAUGCCACGUGCUCCUCAACCGCACCUUGUACGCGCACAUGUGACAGUCAUAACACAACAAAACUCGAAUGAUAAGCCACUGGCUGGGGUCGCUAUGCCACGUGCUCCUCAACCGCACCUUGUACGCGCACAUGUGACAGUCAUAACACAACGUAACUCGAAUGAUAAGCCACUGGCUGGGGUCGCUAUGCCACAUGCUCCUCAACCGCACCUUGUACGCGCACAUGUGACAGUCAUAACACAACGAAACUCGAAUGAUAAGCCACUGGCUGGGGUCGCUAUGCCACAUGCUCCUCAACCGCACCUUGUACGCGCACAUGUGACAGUCAUAACACAACGUAACUCGAAUGAUAAGCCACUGGCUGGGGUCGCUAUGCCACAUGCUCCUCAACCGCACCAUGUACGCGCACAUGUGACAGUCAAAACACAACAAAACUCGAAUGUUAAGCCACUGGCUGGGGUCGCUAUGCCACAUGCUCCUCAACCGCACCUUGUACGCGCACAUGUGACGGUCAUAACACAACGUAACUCGAAUGAUAAGCCACUGGCUGGGGUCGCUAUGCCACGUGCUCCUCAACCGCACCUUGUACGCGCACAUGUGACAGUCAUAACACAACAAAACUCGAAUGAUAAGCCACUGGCUGGGGUCGCUAUGCCACGUGCUCCUCAACCGCACCUUGUACGCGCACAUGUGACAGUCAUAACACAACAAAACUCGAAUGAUAAGCCACUGGCUGGGGUCGCUAUGCCACAUGCUCCUCAACCGCACCUUGUACGCGCACAUGUGACAGUCAUAACACAACGUAACUCGAAUGAUAAGCCACUGGCUGGGGUUGCUAUGCCACAUGCUACUCAACCGCACCUUGUACGCGCACAUGUGACAGUCAUAACACAACAAAACUCGAAUGAUAAGCCACUGGCUGGGGUCGCUAUGCCACAUGCUCCUCAACCGCACCUUGUACGCGCACAUGUGACAGUCAUAACACAACGUAACUCGAAUGAUAAGCCACUGGCUGGGGUCGCUAUGCCACGUGCUCCUCAACCACACCUUGUACGCGCACAUGUGACAGUCAUAACACAACAAAACUCGAAUGAUGUCACUGGCUGGGGUCGCUAUGCCACAUGCUCCUCAACCGCACCUUGUACGCGCACAUGUGACAGUCAUAACACAACGUAA